UUAUUAUACAGGAGAAACGUUAGUGAGAACACAUGCAUGCAAGAACAGUUUAUUAAAAUAAGAAGAUGAAAAUGACAGAUUUGUUGUAGGGUGUGGACUCGUAUUAAUCUUUUGGAAUAUGAUGUUUUGGAUUUGAAAACAGUUUUUGCUAAUUGUUUUUAUUUGUUUUCAAAAUUAAAAAGUAACAAAUGUAAGAAAAAACAUUAUUGAAAUUAUGCACAAACAUUAGCUUGUGACUUUGGACAGACGUUACAGAUGAUGGAGUUUAAAAUGUAUAAUACAUCUACAAAUGGAUGGAAACAGCAGAAUACAAACGGAACAUUUCGCAAAGACAAAAUAGAAAGUGGUCAAAAUUUAGAUUACGACCGCACAAUACAAUAUGGAUCUGGUUCGGAAUACACGUAUGACGAUUAUAACUAUUUCAGUGCUGAAAUUCAUGAGGAAUUUCUCAGUAGUAUUCAUCAACAUACUUCGACAUUUGCCACAUUCCUUUCUAUCUGGACCUUUCUUGUAAAUAUUCUCGUUAUCUUAGCAUGUAUGCGAAACAAAGAAACUCGACAUGUCGGGUAUUACAAUCAGAUAGUGAACCUUUCAGUUUCUAAUCUACUGAUUAGUGUGUUUGUCCUUCCGCUCACCAUUUACCACAUAAAGCAAGAGUGGGAUUUAGGGCAGUUACUGUGUAAGAUAUACGUCAUAAGCGACGUCUUGCUGCCAUUCUCUUCUAUCACCAUUAUCAUACUCUUGAAUAUAGACCGAUUGAUGUCCAUAAUGCAUCCGAGACUUUAUUCAUGGAUAUUUCAGAAAACACUGAAAACAGUUAUCAUUUGUUUGCCAUGGUUCGUAGCUGUUAUAGUGGUUAUUCCAAUAUGGACAUCUGGCACGAUUCCAUAUGAGAAUGGACCCGGUGAAUGCAUUGCUCUGAUCAGCAAAGAAUCGGCAAUACUGUGUCCAUUAAUAACAUUUUUUAUACCAUUGAUUGGUAUAAUAGCACUUACGUUUAAACUUCUUCUGUUAAAGAUCCAGUUAUCCUCUACCACACCGGGGACAUUAGAAAGCACACGCAUGUCUUUGAAAAACUAUCAGAACCAACAAAACGACGAUUGUGAAAUAAGUGAUUUUACUCGGCGAUCUUUACCAAGUACAAGUACAAUGGAAACCAAAGAGAAUAGAGACGACCUAGUUGCCCUUUGCGUCGUUAAUACAAUGUUUGCAGUAAUGUGGUUCCCAUUCCAGUGUAUAAGUUUUCUGUUGUCAUUCUGCAAUUCUCAAUCAUGUAUUCCGUCAAUAGGUCUCAAUCAGGUUGUGACCUGGGUUGGAGCCUCCAGUGCUGGGGUAGUUCCAUUGUUUUGGUUUAUAAACAGCAGACUAAGGGCAGGCUUGCGCAAAGAUUGCACAAAAACGACACAUGUAGAUUCAGCAGAGAGUUCUCACAGUGAGGAAACAUUCCUGUAGAACAUGAUGUUACAAGAUUAUUUUGUGGAUGUGGAUUAUACCGUCAAAAGGUGUACGAUGCUUUACAAUUUCAUCGAAAUAAACAUUAUCUUUGACAAUGAAUGACAAUGUAGGCUUCUGUGUUGAAUAUGAAUUGAAAGUAGUUCUUUAAAUGUCAAAUACAUUGUCGGAUGUAUUCAAGUUGACAAAAGGUAUAAAUGUAAAGUGAAAAUAUGAGAAAAUUUGUAUAAAGAUACUUUAUUGCCUGUUCUGUGUUCAUUAUCUGUGAUAGUCUGAAAUAAAAGUAGUUGUA